UUCUGAAAGAGGACACAGUUGUCACAACCCAACAGCCGCCAUCCCAACACCUGGCAACAUUACUCAUUGAUGAAGAAUUUCUUUAUCACAAACCAUCAAUCACCCUCAUGACCCUCCAUCGUUUCUACCUCUUGCUGAUUGCAUCCAGCGUGUCGUCGUCGUUACCACCCGGAGUGCACAGCCAAGCCGUGCGUGGCAAGGCUUCUAUGGCCGUGGAAGUGGAUGACGCAACCAUGAACAUGGUCCAGUACGAACUGGACGACCCCAAGUGCUUCGAGACGACCGACGAACUCCGCGACGCCGUGGCCCAAUACAAGAGCUCCAAGCAGUUUGAUCCAGAAUUGGCGUCGAAAUACGGUUGGCCCAUUGGACAGUGGUGUGUCUCCAACAUUGCCGACUUUUCCAAUCUCUUUGUGAAGCAUCGGUAUUUCGAUGAACCCCUCGACCGCUGGGACAUGUCGCAAGCGACGGAUCUCUCGGGCAUGUUUCAGAAUUGCCAUUGGUUCAAUCAUCCAUUGAACGAUUGGGAUGUCUCCAGUGUCACCAGCACCAGCAGAUUGUUUGCAUCGGCUCGAGCGUUUAAUCAACCACUCGAUCACUGGAAGACGGACCGCGUCAGAGACAUGUCCUACAUGUUCCUCCACGCCUUUUCGUUUGACCAAAACAUUCAAUCCUGGAAUAUUGGGGCAGUGAAGAACAUGGAAGGAAUGUUUCGCGAUGCGAGGAGCUUUGAUGACGCCAAUCUACAAUGGGAUGUCAGCCGUGUUGAGAAUACCAAAAUGAUGGUUUCUUCCAUACCGGGAGUCAGUCUCAACUUGAGAGGAGCACCACAACAACAAACAGUCAUUGCAACAAUGAAUGGUUGAAGAAGAAGAAAACCGAAUUGCAGGUUGGAAAUCUGCUAGAAUGAAGCAAUGUAACAGUAGUAUCACACAAUUCAUAAUCUGAAUUCGUUCCAGGUUUGGUGUGCGACAGCAACGUAUUGGAGUUAUGCAUAGCUUUCUGUCUGGAGCGCCCAUUGCAACAAAAACGAACGAGUUGACGAUGUUAUUUGGUAGAAAACGUAGCAACAGAUCCUCACCGGUACGAACAUGAGCUCGCUAGUAGAUGCAUGGUAGAGAAACACUGGUAUGGAUGAGGAAUUUCAAUUUCAAAAGCCAACGUUUUCUCCUGUGCGUAGGCUACUCCCGGGGAAGCGUCUCAGCCUAAUCUCUAGCCAUGCUUUCAGGAGGAGGCUGCGAAAGCUUGGGAGACGGAUUCACUGCUCGAGCAAGGGCAACGCUCAAUUGGGCAGAGACAAUACGGUAGGAUCAAACCACAGAGCAGGGCUUGCUUAGACCACUUCAUGGCCAGAAGGUGGGAGAGCCGUUGGAGAACGGCGGUAGCUAGGGUGGUUGCAGCAUGCAAGAGAGAGCAUUCCCGGUCAAGCAACGUGCUAUACGAAUAAGACAGAGAAUGGUAGCUCCCCG